AUGCCAUCCUUUCCCUCUAGGCCCUUGGCCCGGCCUAGAGAUGACGGCCUGCAGCUAAGCUACCAACUUCCUCACCGCGUUUACACCGCCAAGGGCUACCCUGUCCUCGCACAUAAUGGCUCGUCAAUUAUAAUCUACGGCUAUGAAAACGGAUUGAAGGUAAUUUGGAGAGGCGGAAGACCGUUUGCAAAUGGGAAACCGUCGGCCCCCCCAGACAAACCGCAAGAGAAAACUAACCGAGGCAACGACGACGCCAUCAUGAUCAUCGAUUCUGAUGACGAGAGCCCCGCGGAACCCCUCAAAAGUGAUGAAGCAAGUUAUCAAUUUGAAGAUGAAGUACCGGAGAUUGAUCCCAUUUUCCCAUUUGAGAGUGUACUGCACCAGAUCGACAUCCCCCUUGGGGCCAGAGUUCUCGAGUUGGCUGUUCCUCGCAUUCUUCCCGAGGGCGCACGCUCAUCGCUCGAUCAUUUCCCACCUAUUCUGAAGAAACACAUGGUCAUCUCGGCUGUAUGCGCUGAUCUUUCUACCCGGGUUGUGACACUGCCUUUGUCCCCCCCUCAUCCUGCCCGAUUCGAAGUCUCCUCGUGGGUUCAGGCGUUAUCCAUUAGCGGAGGAGUAUCGCACCAGGAUGUGCCAAGGGGAGUGAGCCUUGCCUUCACUUAUCAAGAGGCGGAGCUGCAGGAAGGUCAAGAUAAGGCUCGAAGCCAAAGUGGAUCUAAUGGAAAUGGCCCGGGGAGGUGGGAUCUCCUUGUGGCCACUCAUUCAGCCGAGUCAUCGGGCCUACUCAUAAUACACCGAAUUCCAAUUGUAGAACAGACUGAUCAUGGCGAAGUGCAGUAUCGUUUAGAUGAUAGUGAUAUCGACUCAAAGCGACGUUACCUGCCGAACCCGGCCCAAAAUAUCGCCUUCAACCCAUCAUCCUACCCGUCACCCCGACACUCAACGUUACUUGUCACCUUUCAUAGUGGAUGUGUCAAAAUUUACUCUUGUUUCUCUACGAAACCACUUAAAGUAUCGCGCAGGACUUCCAGUCCUCAAAAUGAUUUCGGGACGUCGGAUACAGAAGGAAAGUGGCUGAUCAGUCUUUAUCCCGGAUUUGAGCAGUCGCCAAAUGGGCUUCCACGGCGGAAAACUAUCAUAAAUGCGGAAUGGGUGCUUGGUGGACGAGCCAUUAUGGUUCUCAUGGCGGAUGGUGAAUGGGGGGUGUGGGAUGUUGAAGGGGCGGGCCCGGGAACUGUGAAGGGCCCGCUCCAGCGUCAAUCCAGCGUACAGGGAGUUACUGGCGGAUCAUUGACCGCAUUUUCCGUCAGUGGUCGGAUCUUGAGUCCGCUGUCUGGGGCCCUGUCUGAAACGGGCGUUUCUCUCACAGAACAGCGUCCCAGAUUCGCGCCCUUGACACCACAUACCAAGCGUGUACGCGAAGAUACCUUAUUGAAAGGUGCCACGAUUGGAUCGACCGUUCCGUCUCUGUGCGGAGAAAUUUCCGUUUACCAAACUAAUUCAUACCGUGAUGCCCUAGCUGACGAGUCGAUUCUGCUGCGACACGGCAACCAGAGUGCUGUCAUUCCAAGUCUGCUGUCCUUGUGGCGGAAUGCUGUAAAGGUAACUGGUACUUUUGAUGCAUCUAAUCGCUGUCGAGUCUCUGCCAUCCAAGGUAUCACUUUAAUGGGCGAAAACUUAAAGGGCAUUGGGCACUUGCCUGCAGUUUCUCGCCAGACUUGCCAGGCCGAAAGUGGAGGAUUCGAUACUCUUCUCACUGCAGAACGCCGAAUCAUAAUCCUUGCUCCACGACUGAUCACGCCAGAUGAGUCUUGUGCAUCUCUGGGAUCAGUGAAUGAGACCUCGGCCGUAGAAACCGACCAACUGAGGCUUCGCCGUGGUGAACUUGACGUGGAAGGAAUGGACCGGUUACUAAGUGGGAUGGCUAGCGGUAAUCAAUCUCUCCAAAUGGGGAGUCCUAUGAAGCGAGCACGAAUUUUCACCUAA